AUCAUAGACCUUAUAAUAAAUGAUAUUAGGUCUAUGGUAUUUAUAUAUUUGGUAUUCUGUGGUAUUUAUCAUAUGCAUAGAAAAAUAUACAUACACAUAGAAUAAUAUUAUUAUAUGUCUAUGGUAUUUACAUAGAGAUCUGUAUAUUAGUGUGCUGUGUGGAGAUCAGCGGAUUUCACUCAUUUGUUUGGUGAGUUAUGUCUAUAGAUGGCGCAACCUAACCUUGAAUCGCGUAUAAAGGUCUCUAAGUAUAUUAGUGUUCUGUUGUAUAAACUAUUGGCGGAUGUCGCUGCUGUUGAUGACUAACUUAGAACAUUAAUAAUCUAUCUAUUUUCUAAUAUAAGAUAGGUAUUUGUUGAUGGUGAUAGACCAUCGUCUAUGGAUAAUGGAUAGUAGUGUCACAGAUUAACUAAGUAAUCUGUAGUAGUGUCAUAGAGAAAUGACCAAAAGCUUCAUUUUCUAUGAGUAGUGCUCUCACUGCCCUCCGUGGCGGAACAAAACAAAAUAUUUAGUAAAACUAGUAGACUGUGGUGAAACAUCGCUUUCACUGUGUCUUGCCUAUUCAAAUUUAUGUUUUUUUACUAUACUGAGAAUGUUCUAGUUAAUUUUGUUUUUUGAUUCACAUCAUUAGAAAUGAAUCCUAAACGUACGGGCGCACGAACAUCACGAAUUCAGUGCUGUGUAGUCGGUUGCCGCAAUGCAUAUUACAAUACAGACACUUCUAUCAAAUUUUAUUCUUUUCCGAAAAGGUGGUUCGAGAAAGAAAGGAAACAGACAUGGAUUAAUAGCGUAAGCAGAAUUUGUGCUGAUGGUACUUCGGGAGAAUGGCAACCUAAAGAAUUCCAUAAAAUAUGCAGUGCUCAUUUUGUAGGAAACGCGAAGAGUAACGAUCCGAGGAAGCCUUCAUACAACCCAACAAUUUUUCCACAGGAGUAUGAAAGAAAAGAUAAUUCGGUAACCGAUAAUUCCACAGAGAAAAAGGAAAGAUGUAAAAGAAAAAUAGCCCGAUCCAAAAGAAAGAAUAUACCCAAGGAGAAAUCACCUCAAUCUCCAUGCCUAUGUGAUGACGAAAGUCUUUCAAUGGAAGUUGACGAAGGAAAAAAGGAAUUCUCAUCUCAAACUGAACCAAGUGAUUUGGAAGAAAUAUUUUUAUUUGAGAGUAAUUUCAUGGGCCAUAGUGUAGAGGGAAGGUGUGACGUGACAACUCAGUGUAACAUUGCUGAUAAGACAAAAUUAUUCAGUUGAAACGAUAAUAAAAGUGUUGGCAACAGUGUAUAGGCUUUCAUGUUAUAAAAUCUUUAAAAACCGAAAAGUGUUCGAUAGAUUCAAUUUUCCCUGCUUAUUUUAAUCAACAGCAAUCUUUGAUUUGAAGCGUCAUUCAAAAGUGUUGUAAGAAGUUUGUUUUAUUUUCUUAUAGGUUUGUAGUAUUUCAUGAUUUUAUUGAAUAAAAUUUGUUAUAGAGAAAACAUACAUUGAGAAGGGUCAAAAGACAAUUACAGAAUUAUAUAUUUAGAUAAAUGAACUAUCUAAUAAACAAAACAAUAUUAGAGGAACAAUCUGGAAAAAACAAAUUCUUGAGAAAUACUGUUGAUACUUGGACAAUCUCAACUUUAACAACUUCUGAACACUUUUGUACAAUAUUUUUUUGGAACAGUCAUUUAAAGAGAGUAUUAAAAUAAGCAGUUGAUAUUCAACAUUGUAUGAUGUAGGUGAGGGCACAGUGUCAUAAACUUACAAGAAAUAUUUUAACCAUCUUUAUUCAUAGAACCUUGUAAAUAUGGACACAUUUAUUUAAUUUUAUUUUUUCAAUACCUAAAUAACAUUUUUCAGAGCUACAUAAUAAUGUUUUGUUGAAAUAACUUUUCAAAUGAUAAAGUAAGAAUGUAUGAACUUAAGUGAGUUCAUGUUUCCAUUUUUCAUCUUCUGUGAUUCCGUAUAUCUGUGAAUCCCGACCAUUUAUAUGUGAUACUGUAAUCUCGAGAUCAUAGAUUGUUGUUUAUUGGUUUUAUUCUAUUUAUUUUGUUUGCUUGUAGUGUUUGAAAUUAGUACCUAGAAUUGUAUGUAACAAAAUGCUGGAUAAAUAUUGUUAUUGUUUUUAUUAUUGUUUAUACGCUGUUUUACAUGUAUUUUGUGAGAUAAGUAUGAAUAAAUUAUUAUUAUUAUUAGUAAAAACAAUAUUUUUAAUUUGAAACACAUUUUAUCUAAGUAUGCCUUCAUUGAUGCCACGUUGAUGACAGACAGUAUUCCU